AUGCUUAGGGCUUCCAGGAUUAGGUUUUCUGAUGUAGCCUAUUCAAAACCAGCUGCACGCUCAGGCGUAGGUUACUAUGCUAAUGUUGCUUGGGAAGGGCUUCGUCAUGUAUAUCACGGUUUUCGACUAUUUUUCUUGAACACAAGGCUGGCUUGGAAGUAUUCUCGUCAGCUGAAGGCAGGUGUCGCCCUUACCCGUCGGGAGCGUUUGCUCUUGGAAAGUGCCACAAGGGAUCUUGUCCGGCUUGUCCCUUUUAGCUUCUUUAUCGUGGUCCCGUUUGCUGAGCUUUUACUUCCUGUCGCACUGAAAAUGUUCCCAGAUUUGAUCCCUUCAACGUUUGAAACAAAAAGUCAGGGUCGUAACCGAGCCUUUUCUGCUGCCCUGGGAACACUUCGUGCACGACAGCGAGUGAUGGAGUAUUUAUCUACCACUGCGUUUGUUAGUUUCACCAAGGAACAACAAGAGGUAGUGCGUUCUUGUGCACUGGGGGAGUCUGUGAGUGCUUCUCAGAUAAAACUGAUAGCCCCUCACUUUGAUCGUGACGGACCGUUAAGUGUAUACAAAUGUCCUGACAGUGUUGCGUUGGGAUUAGCGCGAACGGUUGGUGUUUUUAAAACGUACCACGGAUUUUUUCCAGCUAAAAUAAUGGCACCUUACAUGCGUCGAAAGAUCAUACGUCAUUAUCACAAUACUCGUGAAGAUGAUCGCUUUCUUCGACUUGAAGGGCUUGAUGAUUUAACUGAUGAGGAGUUAAUCAAGGCCAACCUUGUCCGGGGAAUGCGUUGGACAGAAGAUGCCGAAACUCUCCGUAUUCAGCUGGAAUGGUGGGUUUCACUUUCUCGGGACAGCGAGGUGCCGUACAACACAUUAUUUUGGGUUAAACCCACCCGUUACAGUUUGAAAGAAUCGAUGAAGCGGUUACCGCUGGAGCAGCGCCAGCAGCUUUUCGGUAUUCAGUACCUCCCUGAGGCUGUGCGUGGAAACCUGGAGACACUCUGUGAGACUGUUGAUACCGUUCCUAAUUUGGGGGAUGACCUUAGCGAUGCUGAUCGAAUUGUGGAAAAGCUGGAGGAUCUAAAUGCUAAGACGAAAAGCAGUGAUCGGGAUAUAUCCUUUCACGACACUCAGGUGUCUAUUGGUGAAUAUUUGACAGAGGCAAAUGUGAAGAUGAUGUUUGAGCGCAUUCGCAAAGGUAAAACUGCGAAUGAAAGUGUUACCGUGUCUGACGUUAUAGACUUUAUAGGAACUGAAACACACAAUUCGUCUCAUAUAGUGUCUACUGUUUUUGACGCGUUUGAUCAGGGUCAAGGGACCAAACCCAUUACAGAGGCCACACUGGUUUCUAUCGGAGCUCGCUGUAGAGGGGCAUCAAAGUCUAGCACCCACGACGCACCUAAGAAGAUACCCACGCCGUCGUCUUCCUCUGAUGAAGUAAACGAAAAGUAA